AUGUAACUUCCUCCUGCUCCCCGGGCUACUUCCUGUCCUCCAUGUGCGGGGAGGUGCUGGAGGGACUGGGAAGGGAACACUGAGCGGCUGCACUUGUUCAUCUGGAAUAAACAGCGUUUAUGGGCGCCCAAAUCUCCCUGACUUCACUGGCUGGAUUGGUACUGGGACAGUCUUAACAUGGCCGGGAGCUGCAGGCUUCUCACCGCCUCACUAGCUCAGCUGCUGCUGAGGAGACAAGGCCGGGGGGCCGCGCUGCUCUUGUGGGGCGGGAAGAGCUGCCCGGAGAGCGGUGGGGGGCAGGCAGGGAGAGAGUGGAGCAGAGUGCAGGAAUACAGGAGAAGGCUGGAGAGAUCAUACUGUAGCGGUCAGAAUAUCGACGGCUCAUUUCAGAAAGACUGGUAUCCGCCCUUACCAGAGUAUGAUCCUCAACCGCUAGCCAAUAAAUUAACCACCAUGUUCAUUGUGCGCGUUCGGGGUUUGCCAUGGUCUUGCACUGCAGAUGACGUGCUGAACUUUUUUGGUGAUUCCAACGUAAGAAAUGGCACAGAGGGAGUGCACUUCAUUUUCAAUAGAGAUGGCAAGCCGAGAGGGGACGCUGUCAUUGAGUUUGAGUCCGCUGAGGAUGUACAGAAAGCAGUGGAGCAGCAUAAGAAGUACAUGGGCCAACGAUAUGUGGAAGUAUUUGAGAUGAACCAGAAGGAGGCAGAGUCGCUGCUGAACCGAAUGCAUUCUGCAUUGUCACCAACCAGGCCAUCCUCUAUGUCCCUGUCUCCACAGUCUUCAAUGGCCUCCCCACCAAGUGAUGGCGUGGUGCGAUUGCGCGGGCUCCCAUACAGCUGCAGCGAGCAGGACAUAAUACAUUUUUUUUCAGGUUUGGACAUAGCAGACGAGGGAAUAACAUUUGUCUUGGACCAACGAGGGCGGAAAUCUGGGGAAGCAUUUGUACAGUUUCUAUCACAAGAACACGCAGACCAGGCACUUCUUAAACACAAGCAGGAAAUAGGCAGCAGGUACAUUGAGAUAUUUCCAAGCAGGAGGAAUGAAAUUCAGACUGCCCGUUUCCCCUUUAGAAGAAGGAAAGGAGUGACAUUUGCACCCACCAUAAAAGAUCUUUACGAUCCAGACAACUGCAUAAAUAAUACUAGUAAAGACUUGCUAUCUGACGUCCCUGAAAAUGGUCACAUAAAUGAUUACGUCAAGGAGAUGUCUGCUAAGUCCAUGGAUGUCCAGGACUUUACCGUUAUGUCCCCAGUUCACGAUAUCCAUAUUCGAGGCCUCCCGUUCCACGCUUCAGGGCAGGAUAUUGCAAAUUUUUUCCAUCCGAUAAUGCCUUUGAAGAUCAGCAUUGAGUACAGCGCAGACGCUGGUGGCGCUACUGGAGAAGCGGUUGUGAGGUUCUUGACUCAUGAGGACGCUGUAGCAGCCAUGGCUAAAAACAGAUGCCAUACUCAACAUGGGUAUUUAGAACUUUAUCUGAAUUCAUCUCCAGAAAGUAAAUGAGAGCAGUGUUUGAUAUUAUGUUGCACACAUCUUUCUUAGAAAGGACAAAGCAACAAUCCUUUACCUCCAAUGGACAUUAGCCAGUGUGCAUCCUCCUUACACAGCCAUUCAACAGAAGUUUGUUUCUAACAAACUGGUAUCUUUCUAAUACAUUUUUGUUGUUUUUUUUUUUUUUUUGUGCCUGCUGGUUUCUAAGAAUGCCAAUCCAGCAGGGAUCAGAUAUUUCUCCUUGGCUAAUGCAGAUUUGACUGCAAUUAACUGGUGCAAAAUGUUCUUUUCCUCUGUCGCCAAUUUAGUCCUUUCUCAUUUUGUGAACCAGCAAUUUAUCACUUUUUUUUGUUUUUUUUUUGUAUCAAAGUGCCUAAGUUAAUAAGAAUGUGGUUUGUGAUGCAAGGCCUCCGAGUAGGUUUUUGCGUGUACGUCAUGUAAAUAUAAAAUCAUGUUCAAAAUGCAGAAGGCAGAACGGAUAGAUAGCGUCACUGAACGGUAAAACACUACUAGCUGGUGAGUUGUGCAGUGAACCGUUGUCGUUCAUUGUUAGUCUUCCAGAAGGAAAGUGUUUGAUUUCCUCUUCAUUAAAUUGGUAAACUUGUGGUGGGUUUGUUCCUAACAUAUUUUGAUUUUCGUUUACUUUAUUAAAGAUGAUCCACGAGAU